GUCCCGCCUGCCCGCUCUGGCGUGUUGCGUCACUUCCUGCGCGGCCCUUGCCUCGUGUUUAAGGAGACCCCGGCGGCCGCUCUUCGGCCUCUUUCCGUCCGUUCGUCCUAGAGAAGAGGAGCGAGAGACGAGCGAAGCGGCGGCAUGGCGGACAUCCAGACAGAGCGCGCCUACCAGAAGCAGCCGACCAUCUUCCAGAACAAGAAGCGGGUGCUGCUAGGGGACACCGCCAAAGAGAAGCUUCCCAGAUACUACAAGAACAUAGGGCUGGGCUUCAAGACCCCCAAGGAGGCCAUCGAGGGCACCUACAUUGACAAGAAGUGUCCCUUCACUGGCAAUGUCUCCAUCAGAGGCAGGAUCUUGUCUGGUGUGGUGACCAAGAUGAAGAUGCAGAGAACCAUCGUCAUCCGCCGGGACUACCUGCAUUACAUCCGCAAAUACAACCGAUUCGAGAAACGUCACAAGAACAUGUCUGUGCACCUUUCACCCUGCUUCCGGGACGUCCAGAUUGGAGACAUUGUGACUGUGGGUGAGUGCAGGCCCCUCAGCAAGACCGUGAGGUUCAACGUGCUGAAGGUCACCAAGGCCGCCGGCACCAAGAAGCAGUUCCAGAAGUUCUGAGCCCCCCUCCCCAGUGGUGGCCAGCAGCUUUGCUAAUAAAGGCAUCUUCUCUAUA